GAUGCACAAACAAUUGCAAAAACAAUUCCAGUUCGCUGUAAAACGUGGCCACCUCGUGUGCCACACUCGAAAGUUGUUUUCACGAAAUCAUCACAUGGUGCGUUUGCUCGUUAUGAAUGCAAUGCUGGUUAUCGACCGUCAAUCAAGCACAACACCGUUAAGUGCUUAUUUGGUGAAUGGACCAGCGAGGGCGAACCAUUCAGAUGCAAACCGAUUUGGUGUGAACAUCCUUCGAAAACAUACGGAACACUUGAAGGUGGUCAAAUAAUGCUAGAAGGGCAAAUGGGUGCGUAUGAUUUUGCUGAAUAUAUCACUGAAGUUGAAGAAGGUCGAUCGAUUGUGUUCCAGUGUCGUAAAGGAAAUAUUCUUCUCGGAUCUCCAAAAGCAACAUGUGUGAAUGGUAUAUGGAUGCCAAGAAAGAAACCGAGAUGUGUAUCGCAAACUCAUCCGAUGGUUGAAGGUCAAACAACAUGGUUCGAAAGAAGACGCCGAUCUGUGCAAUCCUGUAAUGUACUCGCAAAUGACUCAACGCGCACAGUUGUUAUCACUAGACGAGUAAAUCAGUGUUUGAUCAUUGCUUCCACACCAAUUUUCUCUUGUCCAACUGUGACACGCAAAUAG